CUCUCCGGUUUGAUCGAUGAAGUCCACGUCAAUCUAGUCAGUAAAAGUAUUGUCCAUAUGAGUCAACUUUUCACAACUAGCUAGAUCCUCUCCAUAUAUGCAUUGAUCAAAAGAACCAAUUUUCUUCUACAGAAAUCAUACCAAAUUGGUGAGAGAUGGAUGCAGCUGUUGUAGGAGCUGUAUUACAAGGUAUCAUACCAUAUUUGCUGCAGCUGAUCGAAGAAAAUCGGGAGGUGAUCAGCAGCAAUUACGACAAAAUCGAUGAUCUGUCCAAAAACCUCCGUCUCUUGAAUAAGUUCAUGGUUAAGUACACUGAAGAUCACUACAAAGACGACAUCCUGAUGGGGCUGGCGGAUGAGAUCAGGAUGCGGGUAUACGAAGUUGAAGAUGUUCUGGAAACCUACGUCGUCGAAGAGUCACUGUACAGGAAAAGGAAUGUCUUCCGUAAAGCGGUUGGCAGCAUAAAACACCUAAGUGAUCUUAAGAGCAUCGGGAAAACCAUCCAAGAGCUGAGUAAAAGGGUCGAGCAAACGCGGAGUGAUAACAGGAGCUACGUCCCUAUGUUGGUAGAAGGGGUCAAAAGAAAUAAUGCGAUUUCUAAAGACAAUCAGCUUGAAGGCUAUCCAGAGGCAGACAGAAUCAUUGGCUUUGAGGAUGCAGCUGAUCACGUAUUGAAGCUUAUUGACGUCAAAUCUGAGGCAGAGGAGCAGAGCACAUCCGGGGCAGCACAACAAAGUGAGUCAAAGCUAAAAGUAGUGUCAAUUCAUGGCAUGCUUGGCCUAGGAAAGACAACACUUGCAAAUAAGGUCUUGACUGACCAAAACAUUGAAUUUCAAUUUCUUACUCGUAUAUUGGUUAGUGUUACAAAAAAAUACGAGAAGAAAGAAGUGCUUCUUAGUAUCCUAAGGUCAUUGAAGAUCAGUAUUUCAGAUCAGAACAUGUCAGAGGCAGACUUAGUUAAUAAGGUCCGAGAGGAAUUGAAGUACAAGUAUUUGGUUGUGGUGGAUGAUGUUUGGGAGGAUGAACAUUGGGACAAUCUGAAGGGUGCUUUCCCAGACAAUAACAAUGGUAGUCGGGUGAUAAUAACUACUCGAGAUGUGCGUGUUGCCCAAUUUGUUUCACCAAAGUGUGAACCCUACCAAUUGCGAUUUAUGAAAUUACAAGAGGCUGAAGAAUUACUAAGGAUGAAGGUUUUUGAAGAAAACAAAUGUCCAGACGAACUGAAACCCAAUGAAAGGUUGAUUCUGGAAAAGUGUGACGGGCUACCACUAGCAAUAGUGGUGACAGGAGGUAUCCUUAAAGCCAAUCCAAAAGAUGCAAAUUGGUGGAAGGAUGUGCUUGAUGAAGUUCCUCCAUUAGUUGAUAAAAAAAAAGUGGAACGGAUUGAUCGUUACAUAAGACUAAGCUAUGAUAACUUGCAUCACGAGGUCAAACCGUGUUUUCUCUACCUUGGUGUCUUCCCUGAGAAUUUGGAGAUCCAAGUCUGGAAAGUGUUACAAUUGUGGAUUGCUGAAGGGUUUAUUCCCCAACAUGAGACAGCAAGUCUGGAGAGAAUGGCAGAGCAAUAUUUCAGGGAGUUGGUUGAUAGGAAUUUAUUGAUUGUGGGAAAGAGAACUUUAAGCGGUAAGAUAAAGACUUGUCGCAUUCAUGACACGCUGCGUGACUUCUGCAAGAAGACGGCCAAAGCAGAAGAUCUUUUCCAAGCAAUUCACAAGAAUACCAAUCCAUCUUCUAGCCGUCGACUUUGUUGCAUUAACUCUCAAUUCUCGGAGUAUAUUCUUGGAGGACAGCCUGCUGAUAAAGUCCGAUCAUUCUUGAGCUUUGGUCAGGAUGAAACUAAGUAUAAUGAAGAUCCCAACUCAAGUAUAUUUAAGCCCUUCAAACUACUCCGAGUGUUCGAUAUUUCAUCCAUAUACAUUAACUUCCCUGGUCGUUUCCCCACCAAACUACCCAACCUUGUUCUCCUAAAGUUCAUUGCCAUCAAUUUCAACCUCAAAAACUUACCCAAGAGCAUGUCUAGCUUGCAUAACUUGGAAACCCUAAUAGUUCACACAACGGAACCAACCCUUGAUAUACAAGCAGACAUUUGGAUGAUGACAAAGCUAAGGCUUCUACACACUAAUACCACCGCAUUCUUGCCGAAGUGUCAGGAUCAAUCCUCCAGCAUUGAAUACUUACAAACUAUGUCCACAAUUUCACCUCACAGUCUGACGAAGGAAGUGUUUGGAAGGACUAAGAAACUCAAGAAGCUUGGUAUAAGUGGGAGUUUAGGCACUCUUGUGAAGUCCAAUGGUGAUUCUGAUUUGUUUGAAUGUCUUUGCAAACUAAGCUCCCUUGAAAAUUUGAAGUUACACAGUGAUGAGUCCAAGCUGCAUGCCCUUCCUCAACCAGACAAAUUUCCAAAAAACCUUAAAACAUUGAGUCUGCGUAAGACCGGUCUGGAAUGGAAUAUUCAUAUGCGUAUUCUCGGAGGGCUCCAGUCUCUUGAGGUUCUCAAGCUGAAGGAUAAAGCUUUUGUAGGAGCGGAGUGGAAGACAGAAAAAGGGGGUUUUCGUUCUCUUAAAGUUUUGUUCAUUGGAGAUACAGAUUUAGAUAAUUGGGAGGUUGAAGGAGAUGAUCUCCCAGAACUGAGAUGCCUUAUCCUCAAGCGUAUCAAAUCUCUUGAGCAGAUGCCAUCUGACUUUGAACACAUGAAGAACCUCGAGAGGAUUGACCUAGAGCGUACCAACAGGUGGCUGGUUAAAUCUGCCAAGGACAUUCAAAAAUCAAGGCCACAAAUUAAGCUUAGUGUUUAUCCACCAGAAAAGUGAUCGAUAAGUAACGAUGUUCUGUAAGUGCUUCUCUUACAGAAUAUCAUGCUCACUUGCUUUUGUCUUCUGCUCCCUUGAAUGAAUUCUCAAAAAGGAGGUGCUGAAGCAUCUAUCUUCUUCAUGUUUUCUUCUCUGUUCUGCCUUAAUAAAGCCUUCUACCUAGCUCUGGCCAGCAACAUUCAGAUACUAUAUAAACUCUUUGAAUUGUUUUUGUUUCAAUAUCUUUGAUAAUGUCAAAUUUUCUUUUCAGCUAGUGUGUUGUGAUGAAAAUAAGGCCACGGAUCUCUUGGCCAAAUGUGUGCUAGAAGAACAAGGUGAGAAGGUAUUUGUUUCUGCAAGGAAUCUCAGCUGGAUCACAACUAGAACCUCAUAUUUUCUUCCUGUUGAGAGGUUGGGUUUUAGUUCCAUAGUCUUGCUUCCUUGUAUUUUUAAGUUGGGGUGUGAACUUUGAAUCUUGCUCUGAUGUACUUUCUCCUUGUGUUAAUUGAAGAAGUUGGUAUUGUCUUUCUUUGGAAAGAAAGUAUUACCCAACCAGUGAAGUUAAGUUCCA